CCACAGUAGAUAAAUAGGAACCUUAAAAGGCUGCUGUAACAAAACCCAGUUGUAUUGUAAAUUUGUAACUCAUCUCAAAGCCAACCCCAGUUUCAGUUCGAGUUCCUAGAUUGUCAGCAGCAAGAUUCUUGGCAACCAUUAACAUGGCUAAUUCUAAAUGGAGCCACACAGCUCUCCUGGUUAUUGACAUGCAGAAUGAUUUUAUAUUGGAUGAUGGAUUGAUGAGAGUGGAUGGAGGCAAAGCUAUUGUUCCUAAUGUUAUAAAGACUGUUGAAAUGGCUAGACAGCGUGGGAUUCUCGUUAUAUGGGUUGUUCGAGAGCAUGAUCCACAAGGAAGAGAUGUUGAACUCUUUCGCAGGCACUUAUACUUGCCGGGGAAAGUGGGUCCCACCUCUAAGGGAAGUCCAGGUGCAGAACUUGUAGACGGCCUUGUGAUCAAAGAAGGCGAUUAUAAGUUGGUGAAGACUCGCUUCAGCGCGUUUUUUGCUACCCAUCUUCAUUCAUUUCUUCAAACUGCAGGGAUUAAUAGCCUAGUAAUCGCUGGUGUUCAAACACCGAAUUGCAUCAGGCAGACUGUCUUUGAUGCUGUAGCACUGGAUUACCAACCCGUUAGUGUUAUUGUUGAUGCCACAGCUGCAGCUACACCUGACAUUCACCUUGCCAAUAUUUUUGACAUGAGAAAUGUUGGAGUUGCAACACCAACAUUUCAAGAAUGGUGCAAAGCUGAUGCUUGAUUCGUCAGAGACUAAAAAUGUUUACAUUCUUUCCAAUCUUUUAUCAUGUGUCUUUGUAUGUGUAGAAUGAUGAUAUGUCGUGUAAUAAAAAUAGUUAUUUUCCACCAUGGCCAAUUCAUCUAGUUUCUUCUGCAUAUCUUUCUCAGUUUAACUCAAUAUGGAGAAAAUAAAAGCUGUUUGAAUA